CCACUUCCUGUUUCCUGCACAUGUUGGAGUUAUGGGGAAAAAGAAGGCACCGAGUACCACUUUAGGUCGAUCUCUGAUUAAAGAGCGAACCCGAAUCCAGCGGGGACCACGGGGCAAGGACUCCUGGGUAAGAGCCGCUUCAAUGUGAUACACUUUAGAUGGUGUCAUGGUGGGAGAGGAUUCUUCCUACACAUGUGGUCAUUCACAGGGACUGAUAGUUACAGCAACUCUGGACCUUGCAGACAUUGUAUCUAGGGCUGGCUGAAUACACUGGAGAUGUGGCCUGUUCUAUCACUUACACUCACAAGAAUAUGUGAUUUGGGCUAAAACUGUAGAUCGUUUUUUUUUUUUUUUUUUUCAGAGCUGCAGUUUUAGGUAAGCUGUGCUAUUGGGGUUUCAGUUCAGAGCUAAAUUAAUGAACCUUUAGUCUAUUUAAUAAAGUGCAUAAUGUCAGGAAUUCAAAUUUGAAGGCAAAAUAGCCAAGCUAGAAAUGUACCUGUCUAGGAGAUUUUUCCAACUCUUCUGUGUUGGCCUAAAAUAUGGAAUUAUUUGGAAUACCUGACAUUUGCACUUUAGAGAACAAUACUGAGCUGUAGUUUUCAGUAUGGUUUUGUCUAAAAUGUGAAAUUAUAGUAUGCACAAAAGAUUAUCUGAAGAACAAAUUGGUCUAGCUCAAUGUUAUGUCUCAUUAUGACUAAACACAAUUCACAAAAUGAUUAAAACAUUGGUCUCUUGUAGCUUCACACUAGUGAAUUAAAUGAUGGUUAUGACUGGGGACGGCUUAAUCUUCAAUCCGUGACUGAGCAAAGUUCUAUUGAUGACUUUCUUGCAACAGCAGAGUUGGCAGGAACAGAAUUUAUUGCUGGUAAGUGAGAUGGAAUUACUAAUAUCAAUAUAAUUUAAAGGAGUACUCUAAGCAAAAUAUAUGCUACAGGCUGAUGUAGCGUUUUAUGGUGACACCACCUGCCUAAAAUACUACCUUUUCUAAGCUGUGGAACUUGCUUUCAAUAACUAAACUGGUCCAUUCCCUUUCUGACCAGCACAAACUCCUUUGUUUGUGCUGGACAGUGACCAAUCAAAUGAUUAAUAGAAAAGCAUUGUGGACAAAUUAAAUAAUUACAAUAGAUUAUCUGAAAAAUAUAACAUUCACAAUAAUGUUAUAUGUAAAUAUAAACCCACAGGGUUUUUUUCCAGUCUUACUUUAUUUCACAUGGGAUGCUGCUGGUAGGGGUCAAGGUUUUAUGAAGGGAAUAAAUUAAACCGUUUCAGAGGGUGACACUGAACUCCUAAACAGCAGAGAACUGAGCAUUGAGACUGGAGUGGUAUGAUCUAUGCAUCAAAGCUACUCCAUGAAGUGGUUUCAGUGGUUAGAACAUUUCAUAAAAUGUCAUAAUCCCAUAUAAACACAUCAGCAAGGAGGCAUUUAAAAUGUUUAUAGCAAUCUUGUUUUUUGCAACUUUUGCAGUAGGCAAAAAUCUUUGUUUUUGCAUUGUUCUUGUGAAAUCACUCGCAAAUGUAAUGGUGAAUUUAGUGGUUAAAAUAUCUGGGUUCUGCCGAGCACCUGCACCACAUCUGGUCUACCCCAACAGGAGACACUAGGUGUCAUUUCAGAGCAAAGAAAGACUGGAAUCAUGGACUGAGACAGCUCAACUGAUGCUCUCAGCCAGUGAUUGUAGUUCUGUUGUGAUCUAAAGUGAUAUCUGGCGGAAGCACAGGUCCCCAUAGGAAGUUGCCAAACUGUUUGAUAUCUUACCGUGGGUUGGCAUCUGGCACCAUAACCACUACUGCAGGCUGCAUUUAUUGUGCUUGGACUGUUCCUUUAACUUUAAGGGUUGCUCCAACCCUUUUUCACUAUUACUCUAUAAUGCCAUAUUGGGCAUUAGUAACUUGGUCCACACCCUUUUUAAUAGAAAAAAAACUUGUAACAUAAGAAUAAAUUAACAUGGAAUACAGCUACGUGCAAAGUUCUCCACAAUGGUUUCCAUGCCCAGCCCAUUGGCACACUGCUUCAUUUCUUCCUGAUUAACCCUUUAAGUGUACUUUUACCCUGCUUCAGAGAUGUAGCUAUGUUUACAUUUAAUGUAACCUCUCAUAAUUCACAUAAGCUAGUUCUUUUGCUCCCUUUGGUCAGACUAUGUCCAUGUUGGCUACAAGGAUUGCUACAUCAAUGUGAUGAUGAGGGUUAGCUUUGGCAGUUAGUUAAAACUGUAUAAAUAGUUAAAACUGCUUGAGCACAUGCUUACUGAUGUCUGUUUCCUUCAGGAGGACAACUAAAGUGAUUGUGAGCUUAAAUGGAAUGAGUUAAAAAUGUUUCUUCCCAAAAUUAUGAAAAAUGAAUCUAAAUUUACUAAAUUAUAAUCUUGGUUGUUUUUUGUUUUUUUUUCUUCUUUUCAGAGAAACUUAAUAUCAAAUUUGUUCCUGCUGAAGCCAGAACAGGUUUACUUACAUCUGAAGAAACAAAGAGAAUUCAAAAACUACAUGAGGAUAAUGAACAGUUUUUAUGUAUACCAAGAAGGUGCCUGAUCUGGUUUAUAUUUAAAUAGUUCUAAUGUUUAGCAUUUUCUCAGUCCAUUUAAAGUAAGGUGAUUUUUUUUAUUAUGUGUAGAAUUUGUUUUGUAAAAUUAUAUUUGUGGACUUAUUGUGCAUACAUUGAUACUUGAGCAAUCAAUUUAAUGUGUACCCAAAGCUCUGAUCAGCAGACUGUGCAGUUCAAUGAGAAAGGACACUUCAAGUACUUUUUACUUUUAGAAAAACAAAAAAACUGAAACGUUUUGUCUAACUUACUCAUAUCAAUUUCAGUCUCAUCUGUUCCUUAGCAGGUCUUAACAUUAGGUAAAUACCAUCUCAGAUGAACAACCUAUGACAUAUUACACAGUGUCAUGAUUUAUUUAACAAAAAUAAAGCCAAACUGGAGAAGCCAUGUGUGGGGGGGAAAAAGUACACCUUUAUUGCUUCCACAGGCAUUAGAGCCUAAGUAGCAGACAGGUGCUGCUAAUCGAUCAUCAAGAAGUAUUUAUAAAAGCCAAAGAUUUUUCAGUUUGGAGGUCUGGAACAUUCAGGUUUGUGUGAAUAUAAUGCCAAGGAGGAAAGAGAUCAGAAAGGAAAAGCAAUUGUUGUUACUUCUGUGUGAAAAGUGUCAUUUUUUUUUUGUUUUGUUUUUUCAUUUAACAAAGAGUGCAGAUUUUAAUAGAAACUGGCAUUUUCAUAAAUUAACCUUGAUACUCCAUCUGACAGUGGAGCUCAAACUCAAGAGGCAGGCAAUUCUCCAGACUUCUGUGUGAGUUGCAUUGGGAACUCUAGGAUUGGACAGCCACAGAAAUUCCGUUCUGGGGAAGAAGGAGAAGGCUUAUAACGACUGCAGAUGAGAUAUACAGCUUUUGCAAGCUAUUUUUCGAUAUACACCCAAUGAAAAAAUGCCUUAUUAAACGUGUGCAUGUUUUUCAUUGGUUUAUUUAGUAAACAGUGAAUGUUUUCAAAAUAUAUAUUUUGUUUGUAUGUAGGCAGUAUAUCCAUAUCUUAUUACAUGGAAAUUACAUCUAUAAUCCAUUCCCUAAAGCAGGCAUAGGCAACCUUCGGCACUCCAGAAGUUUUGGACUACACCUCCCAUGAUGCUUUACCAGCAUUAUGGCUGUAAGAGCAUUAUGGGGGAUGUAGUACACAACAUCUGGAGUGCCGAAGGUUGCCUAUCCCUGCCCUAAAGCAUGGAUUCACAAAAGGGAGUUCCCCAGAUGUUGUAGAAUUAAAACUCUCUUAAUGGUUUGCCAGCCUCUAGAAUAACAAAGCAUCCUGGUAUUUAUAACUAUAAGACAUCUGGGGAUCUACAUUUAGGGCAACCUGCUCAUUUUCCAUUCAAAUGCUUCUUGUGGAGAAUCAUUGUGGACCUGUAGCACAUGUGAGGCGAUCGUUGCACCCUGGCUUUGCCAAUGAGAUGCUUCUCUUAAAGAAGCACUGAAUACCGUGCAUUUAUGUGACAAUGGUAAUGUUUUGCAUUCUUAGACAAAUAUAACAGAGUUUGUGCACAAAAACCACUUCAUUAAGAUAUAGUGAUUUUGGUGCAUAGUGUCCCUUUUUAAAUAUUUAUUAGGCAUCAUCAGAUAUAUUUUCAUAGUAAUAUAAACUUGUUUAGUUAAAUCACAUACAUUUGAAAGAGAGGCAAUUUAAUCAUCAUUGUUUUAUUUGUGUUAAUGACUUCUAUUUUUAAUUAAGCACACUCUAAAAUGAGAUAUUUUGGUUUGUUCCAGACCUUACUGGGAUGAAAAUACCAGCGCAGACGUUCUCAAGCAAUCUGAGAGAGAGACCUUUUUGGAAUGGAGACGGCAGCUUGCUAAGUAUUUGGACUUUUGGAUCAUUGUUCUAUAAGACUUGCUAGUUUUUUUGUUUUCCAGAUCAUUAAUUGUGUUUACCUAUUGUACAGGUUAGAAGAAGAGAAGAAGCUGAUUCUGACUCCAUUUGAAAGAAAUCUAGACUUUUGGCGCCAAUUGUGGAGAGUCAUUGAGAGAAGGUAAAAAUAAAAACUCAGGAUUGAGUUCCUAAAAGUGCACAUGGCAUGCUAUUUUCAUCCAAGCUAAUGAUAUGUGAACUGCAUAUCUCAUGAUACUGAGCCAGCCUUUAGUCUAACAGUAAUAACAAAUAUCUUGACCGCUAUAAGUAGCCAUCACUGGUCUAGAGAUAAUGUAGGGCAUGUAUAAUUUUACUUGUUCAUGCCAAAUUAUGUAUGAAAAUUAAAUGCUUAUUUUAUAUUUUCAUUAAAUUGUGCUUUUUGUUAAAACACUCUUUUUCACUAGUGUAAAUGCAAUGAGAAUUAUUUUUAAAGGAACACUAAAGUAACUCCGGCAACUUCACCUCGGAUGGAAUACAAACGCUUUAGUGUUCAUUUAAGGGGUAACUCCAACAUCCAUGACCAUUUCUGCUAUUUGAAGUGGUAAUGCAGGAAGCAGUAUAGCUGUGUAGUAUUUCAUUUUGAAACACUGCACAAAGUUAUUUUCUAGAUUGCCUUCCACGCAAUGGUAGGUGUGAUGUCCAACUGUCUAGCCUAACCACUAGAAAUGGCAAAUUAUGUAUUUGGCCACUACUGUAACCAUCUUGAUGGUGGCUGAAGUGAACAAAUUACCUCAAAAUGGGAAUCUUGUCAUUCUGGUAUUUUAGUUGAACUUUGUAUUGACCAUUUAUUGUUUUAAAUGUGUCUUAUCCGUUGUGAAUGAUGUUCAGCAUUAAGGGUUUUGUACAAUAUGGCUGUAAUACAUUAAAUCUUUGGAUUGGAUUUUGUUGUGCCUUCUGCUUAUCGUGUUUUAAUAGUAGGGUUCUUUAUUUUGCAGUGACAUAGUGGUGCAGAUUGUGGAUGCUAGAAAUCCUCUUCUUUUCAGAUGUCAGGAUUUGGUAAGCUCCAGAUACCCUUUAAAAAAUAUAUUAUGUUUAGGUCUGCCUAAUGUGAUAUAAACUAUGCUGGUAUUAUUAUAAUGCUUUUUAUUUUUAGGAACGCUAUGUAAAAGAAAUAAGCCAGCACAAAGAAAAUAUUAUCCUUAUUAACAAGGCAGACUUGUUAACACCAGAACAACGGCAGUCUUGGGCAGAAUUUUUUCAGACGGAGGGUGUGAAAGUUGUGUUCUGGUCAGCCUUGGCAGAAGGGCAGAGACUCGCUGCUGAUCUAAAGGUAUGUUACAUUACCCUGGUCCAUAUAUAUAAUCACUUUGUAAUAUGUAUUACGUUUUUACUGUAUUUUCUGGUUGAGCUAGUAGUGGAUCUCUCUCCAGUUUGUUGGAAUUCUUCCACUACAUCGGUCAAUGUGAUCUGUGGUGGAAGGAAGCCGGUUCCAUCCACCAAUACCUUCUGAAAAUAAAUCCAUUGGCCUUAAGUUUAACGCUGUACAACUUCAGAUUAGAGAUAUUUAUUCUAUCAUGUCAUCCGUAUACCACCACGCUGUAAGCAAUAAAUAAAUAUUUAGGACUUUCUGCCUCACUUUCACUUGAUUUUUUUUUUUUUUUUUUUUAUGAUUUUAUGUAGGCUCAUCAUCCUAGCAGCCUUUUUUUUUUUUUUGGUUUAUUUGUUAAUUGAAAAUAAUUUAGAGUACUCUACAUUUGUCUAUGAUUACAGCUUGGCUAUUUUAUCCUAAUCUUUGCAGUUCGGUUUUUAACUGUUUACUGUGAAUAAACACUUUAUUCUUCAGAACUGCUCAGUAUUCAAAGUGUGGCUUUAUAAGUGUUUUAUUGCAUGGCGUCUGGAUCUCUACCCACCUUUUCUUCUGGCUUUUCUGUUAAUUUGUGUCAAUCUUUAUCAAUUGGGUUAAUAACUGGAGGAGUGAGAGUUCCCAGAAAUUCAAAGUGAUUUUAACAUUUUAAACCAAAAUGGAAGAAUAGAUGACGCAAUUCUAAUUCAUCUGUUUUUAGCCUUAAAUUUUAAAUUCCUAACAAUUCUAUAUUUAUUAAAUGGCCCUUUUUGUUUAAAUUCACUUGCGCUAAUAACAUGCUACUCUUGUCUUCAGAACAUAAUGUAGCUUAUUUUAAAGAGAGAGUUAAAUAAGCUUAGCAGGUUUUCAUCUCAUGUUUCAUUUUUGUCUGUUGCACUCAAAUACAGUGACAAUCUGUCAUAAACACAUAUGUAAACUAAAACUAUUCAGCAAUUAUGAUAACGUUCAUUAUAUCUUUCUCACCCCUACCGCCCCCCCCACCGCCCCUGUCAUUUGUGUUUUCCUGUGUAUCAACAUGUGGGUUAAGAUAACUCUCUAUUAAAGAAACUUGUGACUUUGGUAACAGGAUGAGCAGCUGCAGGAUGAAGAACAGUCUACCGAUGAAGAGUCUACCGAUGACGAAUGUAAUGAGGAAGAGGAUAAUGACAUUUCAAGUGAAAACUCUCCCACGAGUGAAAAUGAGGGACUUAGUGACACAAGUGAUGAGUUUGAAGACUGUGAGGAGGAGGAGGAAGAUGAUGAUGAUGAAGGAUGGCAGACAUGCUCUGAAGAAGCAGAGGAUGAAAGGGUGGCUCCAGAUCAUACGUCUGAAAAGACACAGGACAUUGUAAUCUGUAAUCACAGCCAUUUAGUUCAAAAAGAUGAACUGCUUGAAAUAUUCAAAGCAAUGCACACAGGGCAGAGGAUGAAAAAGGAACAAAUCACAGUUGGUCUGGUGAGUUCAUUUUCAGUAUCUUUUUUUCCCACAACAACUCAUGAACAAUCAAUGGGUACACAUCACUGACUUUUCAGACUUCACUAUGCUAGGCCUGGUUAUGGAAGGUAUGUUACUGAAGGUAUAUUACUGUUACAUAGAGAUGUCGCGAACCGUCCGAACUUCUCGCGAACGGUUCGCAGCGAACUCCGGUCAGCUGACACAUCCUGGCCAAUCUCCAGCAGACCCUCCCUCCCAGACCCUCCUACUUCCUGGACAGCAUCCAUGUUGAAGCUGCCUUCAACAUGGAUGCUGUCCAGGAGGUGGGAGGGUCUGGGAGGGAGGGUCUGCCGGAGAUUGGCAGGGGUGUGUCAGCUGACCGGAGUUCCCCGCGAACCGUUCGCGAGAUCUCUACUGUUACAUAAUCCUAAUGUUUGGCUGCUCUUUUGGUAAACACCCCUGAUAUAACUUGCUGUUCCAUUUAUUUCAUAGUUUGCAAGUGCAAACCUGCUCGCAUGGAGAAAAUGUGUUUAUAUUUGUAUACUGUUCAGAGAGAUGCAUAGUUUCAGCCAUUUGUACUGACAUAAAUAUUUACCAAUACUUGCAUACAGGGGGUUCUAUUAUUCUACACUGACAGAUUCCCUAAGAUGUUCUAUGUUGCAGAGUGUUUCUUUUGUUUUUCUGUUUUUAUUUUUAUUAUUUUGUGAAUGCCUGCCUUGGCAACUAUAUGCUAAAGCUGUGUUCUCUAGAACCCUGUAUAAAAUAUAAUUACAUUUAUUUUAUAGUUGGGACUGGUCUGUUUCGGGUUAGUGAGACAGGCUCUUGAAAACCUGAGAAACUAUAGAUGAAUGUUAGUAGGAGAUCAAACUGUGCCCUUUAUCAUCAAAUACAUAUUCUGUUGAACAGUUAAAAAGGCAGUAGAUCUGUAAGGGCUUUUUCUGGGGAACAGUUUCACUUUUCAGCCAAAACUUUCUGUUGCCUAUACAUUUAGGAAAUAUGUAUUAAAGUUCAGGCACAUUUUUAGUGCAUUGGUUAAAAAAAAUUUUUUUUUCUUGUAACUGUCAUAGCAAAGUAAUUUCUUAUUAUACUGGUGUAUGUACUUUAAAGACCCUGAGAUGGUGAUUAGCAGCAUGAUAUCCAGCAAUAUGAAUUUUCGGUUUCUGACUGUAGAAACCCCACUGAGUAUAAGAUUGAUGUGACAAGUUGUAGCUGUUCUGGAGGAAUUACUCUUCGCUCCAAGCUGUGUAUAAUAUCAGAUGAUCCAACGUCCUAAAAAAGAACCUGUCAAAAGUCUGUCGCCAUGGAACAUACUAAACCAGAUACCGCUGCCAUUAGCAAUCUUUUAAAUUAUGUGGAAGAUAAAAUGCAUUGGUUACCCAGCUAGGUGGUGAUGUAUAGCACUCUUGCUAUUCAUCCCAGGUAGUAAAGUGUAUGUUGAUGUAUGUCACUCAUAUCUGCAUGUUUUCACGAUAUUCGGUAAGUGACUUUUUUCCCUAGCUAAUCUAUUUCAUUAAUUGCACAAUAUCAGGUGAAUUUUGUAAAUACUUUAUUAAAAUAUUGAUUGUGGAACAUAUUGGCAAGGCUUUAAAGGAUCACUAUAGGGUCAGGAACACAAACAUGUAUUCCUGACCCUAUAGUUUUAAAACCACCAUCUAGCCACACUGGGCCCCUCAUGCCUCCAUAAAUAUAGUAAAAAUGUUACUGUAUUCAAGCCAGAAGCUGUAAAUCUGCGUGCUGUUAGACUCAGAAAAACAAGCAGUCAGUUGACAUGUGGUAGCCUGAUCCAAUCACAGUGCUUCCCCAUAGGAUUGGCUGAGACUGACAGAGAGGCAGAUUAGGGGCAGAGCCAGCAUGAUUCAAACACAGCCCUGACCAAUCAGCAUCUCCUCAUAGAGAUGAAUUGUAUCAAUGAAUCUCUAUGAGGAAAGUUCAGUCUCUGCAUGCAGAGGGAGGAGAUACUGAAUCACAGGAUGCGACAGCAGAUCUGAGUGGAUGGAUGGAGGCAUAUUAAGCCUCCAUCAACUCCGUAGUCCCUCUGAUUCACUCUGAGUCACUGCAACUGGAGGUGUUCCUAGCUUUCAAUGUAAACACUGUAUUUUCCCAGAAAAUACAGUGCUUACACGAGAGAGGCUGCAGGGAGCUAUAGUUCUCACCUGAACAACCUCAUUAAGCUGAAGUUGUUCAGGUGACUAUAGUGUCCCUUUAAUACAUUGCUGGGCUAGUCUGUACCCAAUCUUUGAUUGCCAUUUAUUGUCUGUGGGUGCCAGGGAGAACCCUGUUUUUUGGUUAAACCACUUGAUCCACUGGACACAAACAGAGCACUGUGCUCAUGGACAGAUAGCAGAAAAACUGCUACAAUGUGCUCUGAAGUUUAUGAUGCCACAAGUGCACCUUUAAAAUCUAAACUAAUGUUACUGUAAAAUUAGUUUUCUUCCCAAAAACUAAAACUUGUUUGGAAUAUUUCAUUAUGGAAAGACAUUUAAAACUGAUGUCUAUUUGAGACGAACCCUCAUUGCUUGGAUAUGUUGUGUUUUUCCUUAAUUUAUAUGAGCAGAUACAAUGCAGGGGAAGUCCUACCUUGUUAGCUUGAGACAAAUUAGUAUUUUAAGAGUCACUUUUGGUACCAGUACAACUUUAAUGCAUAUGCUAUAUUUUGGAUUCAUAUUAUAAGCACCAAAAGAGUUUAAUGAAGUAGUUUUAGUAUACAGACAAUUGCCCUGUAGUCUCACUGCUCCAAUAUUCUACCAUUUAGGAAUUGAAUCACUUUUGUUUCUGUUUAUGCAGCUCUAGUAACACCUCCCCUGGCUGUGACUCACACCGCCUGCAUUAAAAAUCUGGUUUCAUUGUCCAUCAAAUGCUUUUUCCACGUCAAGUAAUAGACCCAAAGAUUUCGAUGUACUUGCAUGUUGGAUUAUAUUAACUUUUCUUGUAUAGUCUGUUACCUGUCUGCCUGCAACUUGAUCCGUGUGUAAAAGGUUCGGAACCAGUGGGUCUAAUCUGUUUGCUAGAAUCGUUGCAUAUAUUUUUGUGUCUACCUAUAAUGACGACGAAGAUUUUGGCAUGUUUUUGGUUUUUUAUGUGGCUUCAGCAACAUAAUUAUAUUUGUACCUGUGAAGUCACUUGGGAGUUUCUCUGAUUGCAUUAUGUGUGUCAUAAAUUUAGUAAAGUGCUGGAAGAGAGAUUGCUUAAAUGCUUGAUAGCCGACCCCGCGAACCCAUCUAGGUCUGGGCUUUUGUGCUCGGGUAGUUGUUGUUGUAUGAUAUUUUCAACCUGUCCAAUCAUGAUAUAGGCCCCUGGAGCCAACAUCUGUUCAGAAAAUAAACUUAAGUUUAUCCAUAAAUUUAUUAAUAAAAAGAGACGUGGGUUGUUCCUGCGAGAGCUUCUCUCUAAAAUUGUUUAAAGGGCAUAAGAUUACGCAAGUUCAUCCGCUAUGUCUGCUGUGUAGAGAAUAUUUUGGCUUGAGUUAAAGUAAAUAAAGGGCACCAUAUUCGUUGCCAACUUAUCUCUCAAUUUCUUAGCUGGUAAUUUGUCUGUUAUUUGAGAGUGCAUAGUAUGUCUGCUUUAGCAUCCAGAGACACUAUUUUGUUUUGUGCAUAUGUAAUACUCCAAAUAGUUUCUUUGGCUUCAAAGGGAUGAGAUUUGCGUUGUGUAGGAGCGUGAGUCUUUGUCCUUUCAAUUUUCUUUUCAUGACUGUCUAUUGAAUUAGUUGUCCCCAUAUAACAGUCUUAUAGGUUAACCAGAGCAGGGCAGGAUGGAGAUCUGAGGUCUCAUUUUGUGCAAAGUAGCCAUCUAGGGUUGCCUCUCUAUAUCAUUUUAGCUUUCCUGUCUGAUAAGGCAUUCAAUUAUCCUCCAUACACAUUUUCCUCUACUGGGGAAGCUCUCUGAAAUAGCCAUUGUUACUGGAACGAAACAAGAGUGUAAUGCAGACACUAAAAAAGGGGUAGUACUUCCUGCAGGGUGCUCCAGAAAGGGAGGGCCAAUCCCUGAAGACAUCAAAUGAGAGAAAAUAAUUAUCCAGGCACACCUGCGGCAUCUUCUAAAAGGCAGUAUAUUUUUAUAUUUGAAACAAGGAAGUGGAGACAACGUUUCGGCUCCUCUCUGAGCCUAAGACUUGAUAAAGGCUCAGAGAGGAGCCGAAACGUUGUCUCCACUUCCUUGUUUCAAAUAAAAAAAGACUGCAUUUUAGAAGAAACCUCAGUUGUGCUUGGUUAUUUAUUUUCUUCCAUUUAUGCUUAAAAGUAAGUCAUAUGUUUGGAUAUAGCCUUAGUAUUUUACAGUUUAUGCCUGUCGGAGCAGACUCAGAUCAUGUUCUGCUGCUAACUCCACCCCAUUUAAUUUUCAAUCAGAUGUGAUGUUAGUGUGUUUUUCUUUAGAUGUUUUUAUCUACUGUUGUUAAUUGAACUUUAUUCACACAGCAACCUCCUAGGGGUUUUUAGAUCAGGAGGUAAGAAAUUCUAAAUUAAACAGACUGUGCAGAAAAGGAAAUUUUAAAAAUUAGAUCUCCCUCUCCCCCUCCCCCUCCCCCCCAGGGCUGCAUAAACAAAGUUAUUUAACUCCUAAAUGGUAGAUAAUUGAGCAGUUAGACUGCAGGGGCAUGACCCAUACACCAAAACAACUCCAUGCUCAAAUCUUCACAGAUUUGUAAAAAAUUGUGUAGAAUGCUGCACAAUAAGCCUGCCUCCUUUUUCACAUCUCUUAAUGUCAGAAAGACUUCCAAAAGCAUGCAUAUAGCUCAGCCUCCGGGCAACACUGAUUAAGUCGCUUUUAAUUCACAAAUAGGCAGUCAGAAAAAGUUAUAAACUGGUAGUGAUAUCAUUAUAUGUCUCCUUGGUUGUUCUUUCUUCAGUGUGUUUUGUAGUUUAGAUCACUCUGUACUGUCAGUGGCUGACUGUGUGCAUACACUUCACAAGGAAGCAUUUUUUUCGAUGAGCAUGGGAUGUGGAUAAUAAGACAAGGCUUAUGAUGCAGAAUUCUACAAAACAUUUAUUUGCAUAUUUUGUGCAAAAACUAUGCGUUAUUUUUUGCAUGCUCAAAUCAUUAUACCAACAAGGCUAAAGUCUAUUAAUGCAUUAAAGUUGUAUUGGUGCUGAGUGUCCUUUUUAAAAUAAUGCUUUCCUUAAUACAGAGCUGUGUAGGUUUAUUUUAGAUAAGAUUGAAGCGCCUAAUCUAUUUAUGCAUUUUGAUUUUUACAGGUAGGUUACCCCAAUGUUGGUAAAAGCUCCACUAUCAACACUAUCAUUGGAAACAAGAAGGUUUCUGUUUCAGCAACACCUGGACACACAAAACAUUUUCAGGUAAUCAUUCAGAUUAAUCAGACUUUUCAUAAUGUAUGCAAGUCUAAAGGGAAUUUGUACUGCUUACCUGGUACUCAACUUCCCCCGCCGGCUAUGCAUUUUCCAUAGCAAUCACAGCGCAUGCUCUGUGGGUGCUGAGGAACUUCUGCUCUCCGUGUCUCUUAAUUCCUCGGCAUUGAGUGUAUUCUGAGGACUUGAUUAUAAAUUGCAAGAGCCACCGAACUAGGGCACAACAAAGUAUUUUGACUAAAACUUUAGCUUUUAUUAGAAUCCAUUUAAAUGUACACCCACUUCCCUCCUCCCCCCAAAUUGAACAUUUAAUAAAGAUAAAAUCUUUGUGAAAUACUCACCUUGACUGUGUUGGAAUUUCACUGAAGUUCUAACACAGCCAAAAUAUAUGUUAAGACAAAGUAGGGACUAUUUUGUUUUAGUAUUUUUCCUACACAUGACAAAAAGGCAGAGCUACCUUUUUGUCAAGCCCCAGCCAUCACCAGUGGGGAAAAAGUUUUUCUAUGAAGGAUCCUGGUUCAAAGCCUCAUGCUAUUUAUAAGGAUGGUUUUUAAAGCUAAAAUGUUAAAUUUGGCAUGCUGGGAUUACUUUUGUAGUAGUCACAGAAUCGAAAACCGCUACACAAAAGUGCAAUGACUGUAAUGGCAGUAUUUCAUGGGUAAGUUUCCUCGAGCAGGUCAAACCUCCUAUGUAACACCAACACUUUGGCUUUCUUGCUCACUUGUUGGUGUCUGAACAGUGACAUCAGUCACUCUAUUCCUAUAGAUCCUAGCCACUGCUCGCAGUGCCAGCUAGGACGUUUACAUAGCAACCGCUGCUCAUGCGCUGUGGUUGCUAUGCUUGGGAAAGCAGAAGCACUGCCUGCUUUCCCUUGUCAGUGAUAAAAGGAUUUCACUUAGAAGUGUGAGAGAGACCUAUUUUGUAAAGUAUUUUCUCCCAAAGUAUACAUUUACUAGCAUAAUGUAUAGAUGGGAUAGCAUGCUCUUUAAAACAAAAAUUUAAGACCUUUUAAUAUAAAGUUUACAGUAUAUAUUUUAGAUUAGUAUAUAUAUAUUUUAUAUCUCAGCAUUGCUAUGUUUGGGUAUAAUCUUAAACCCAGAUGCCGAAUCUUGUAUACAUAAUCCUAUUACUUGGAAGUAAUGUUUUAGAUCUCAGAAUGUAGGUAUGAAAAAAAGCAUGGAAACCCAUUAAGGUUUUGCUCACAAAGUUUUUUUUUUUUUAUGUAGUUUUCCUUUCUCUGUUGUUGUAGUUACAUUGUAUGAAUGCAUAUUUCUUGUUACAGACGCUGUUUGUAGAGCCUGGGCUUUGCCUUUGUGACUGCCCUGGCCUUGUGAUGCCUUCUUUUGUGUCUUCUAAAGCGGAGAUGAUCUGCUGCAGCAUUUUACCCAUUGACCAAAUGAGAGACCAUAUUCCACCAAUCUCACUUAUAUCCUUUACUUCUCAAUUAUGAACCCAACAACUGAUUGACUCUGUAAAUUACUGUACUGUACUUUUGGUGUCUGUCUUGGACACUUCUACUUUUAGUCAUGGUUUUGCUAAUGUCAGUGGUAGAAAGAGG